ACUGUCAGAAGGAAAAGCCUUGACAUUCCCCAUGCCUUUUGCCCUUUCUAGAUUCGCAUCCCAUGCCCUUUCCUUGUCAAAGGUAACGUACUGUUUCCCGCCAAAAAAAGCUUCUCACCCUCCAAUAUAACACAGGACCCUUUUACUGCCUCACGCUCCAGUCUAACAGAAACAGAGAGAACAGAGAGAACAGAGAGAGAUGAAGGGCACAUCCAAGGUGAUAAUGGGGGCCACACUGGUAAUGGUGGUGAGCCUUGCCAUAGUGUUGGGCUUAAUCUUGGUGCUGCUAGCUGAGCUCUACUGUUCCCUCCUACUUCGCCGGCGUCAGCUCAAAACCGACACCUCCAGCCCAAACCUCACCGCUGAUGCUGCCGACUCUGCAGCCACCACAACCUCUUCUCACCAGCCCUCAUCACAGCCUCAAGAUCACUCAGCUGGCCCUCCUCUCAGCAGCUUUCUAGGGGUUCUUCGUGCUCCAAGAAGCUUCCUUUUCCCAUCAGUUCCUUGCAAACAAGACAACGCAGAAACAAAGAAGCACCAUACUCACCUUCUUCACCGGGUUUUUGACAUCCCGGUCCCAAACCAAGAAAUAUUACCAAACACAACCCCCUGUCAUAUUGGGGUCAUAAUAUCAAGCCCAUCCCCAUCAAUUUCUUUUGUGACUUCACCGCAGCCAACCCAAGAAGACAAAAUUCAAGCUGGUAAUAGCAGUCCUGGUGCUCAGUGUAAUGAGAAAGCUGCUGCUGGUGGUGGUGGUGCAGAGCAUUUUGUGUACAUUUCUAACCCCAUUUAUGACAAUGAUGAAGCAAGCACCAGGCACAGUGGAGGAGAAAACAACACUCCCUUUGAAACUCCAGAGACUUCACCUUCAAGACUAGAAAUGGGAGGGGGUUCUUCUUCUUCUUGCUCUGGAGAGGAUGAGGUUGCCCAACCAACCCCUUCUGGUCCCUCAAGCCCAACAACCACACCUCCUCUAACUCCAAUGAAGAAGCUCCCUGCAGAGGCUUGCUCUGUUCCUCUCAGAGAUGCCAGGUCAUUAGGCACUUCAGGUAGUGAUUCCAAUACUAACAAUGGCCUCUCUUCCUCUUCAUCAGGUUCUCCUUGUACUUCUCCUUCAUGGUGAUUAAUGGUUAAUUCUCCAUGCCAUAAUCAGGAGAAACAGUUUAGUUAGAGCUUUAGUUUUUAAUCUUCUUUUUAAAUUGUAUUUAAGAGGUGGGUGGGUUUUAUUUUUUUCUGUUUGGUGAUUUGUAAUGGGAAUGGUAAAAAUGAGCUGGAAAGAGGCAGAGUUGUGUA